GGUUCUUUGGUUGGAUUGCGACAAAGAGGGCGAAAACAUAUGCUUUGAAGUCAUUAAUUGUCUCAACUCUUCAAUGAAUAUAUCGUUCAGAAAUCCUCAGACUGUAUUUCGCGCCAAAUUCAGUGCAAUCACUGACAAAGACAUAAAGUCUGCCAUGAAUUCACUGAUUCUGCCGAACGAAUUGGAAUCGCUUUCAGUGGACGCCCGACAAGAACUUGAUCUUCGGAUCGGCUGUGCGUUCACUCGCUUUCAGACGAGAUUUUUUCAUGGAAAGUACGGCGAUUUGGACAGUUCGCUCAUAUCGUUCGGCCCGUGCCAGACCCCAACCCUGGGCUUUUGUGUGGAUAGACACGACAAGAUCCAGACAUUCAAACCGGAG